UUUUCCUUCACCUUGUUUUCGCUUGCCUUCCUCCUCCCCGUCCCCGCUCUCUUUCUCUCUCUGUCUCUCGCGUCGCCCUCCGUCCAAGAGGCUAGUCUUGCGGGGGCGAGGCGAGGCGAGGCGAUGUUCGCGUGGAAGGAGAAGGUGGCGGACAGGCUUGCCUGCCUCCUCGCCGACUCCCCUGUCUCCCCCUCUCCGACCGCCCCCGCCGCCGUCGAGCCGCCGAAUGCAAUACCCUUCCCAUCAGAAAUUAUUACUGCCCCCAAGAAAGCAUCGUUAUCAUCUUAUGUGUUGUCCCUUUUACCAACCUCAAACUCACGGCAUGAGAGCAAUUCACCUUGUUCAGAAACUUUGAGACCAUUACCUCCUGAAUCACUUCCUAAGCGAUGGAGAGGGAAUAAUUUCACAUGGAAAGAUCUGCCUCUGGAGUUGAGUGAGGAAUCUGGGUCUGAAAGUGAGAUGGAGGAAAGGAAUGGGAAUUUUAGUAACAACCAGAUCCUUCAGUCAUACAGAUCCGUGGAUAACUCAAAUGAAAAUGAGGAAACAUCAACUUCAGAGUGUGCUCGAAAUCUUCAUUAUCUAACUGAAAAGUCUAUGUUUGUAUCUCCAAAACUGUUUGCAUUCUUUCAAUCUUCUCUCCCAGGAACCUUAAAGGGAUGCCACUGGGUAUUGCUCUAUAGCACCUGGAAGCAUGGGAUAUCUCUAAGAACACUUCUUCGUAGAAGUGAGAACAUUCAGGGUCCAUGCCUAUUGAUUGUUGGAGAUAUGCAAGGGGCUAUGUUUGGUGGCUUAUUGAACAGCCCUUUGCGGCCUACAGAGAAAAGGAAAUAUCAGGGAACAAAUCAGACGUUUGUGUUCACAACGGUUUAUGGUGAACCUAGAAUUUUUAGACCAACUGGUGCAAACAGAUACUACUAUUUGUGCUUGAAAGAUGCUUUGGCAUUUGGAGGUGGUGGAAACUUCGCAUUGUGUGUUGAUGAAGAUCUGUUGCAUGGAAGCAGUGGACCAUGUGAGACAUUCGGAAACUCAUGCUUGGCCCAUAGUCCAGAGUUUGAACUAAAGAAUGUUGAGCUGUGGGGUUUUACGCAUUCAUGGAGUCGUUCGACAUAGCUGAAUAGCUGUCCCGUCUAUGAUGUUUACUUGUGGUUAACUCGCAGUACUUAUUCUUUGUAAUCUCAUUCUUAUUUCCCUCAUUUAAAAUUAUUUCAAUAUUUUCGUAGUAUGUACUAUAAAUUGAUUCUGGUAAUAAGAGCAAUUCUGAUUUCUGAAUGAGGAAUA